AAAUGAAGCUCAGGAUAUGAUACUUAUGGCAACAACACGAACCAAACUUUGUAGGUUCUUGACCUCGUCUCUAAGGCCGGGGGUUUUCAAUGGUUGGAUGCGGAUGGGCCCAUUUUGACCGCAGCUUCUCUUCCCCUUCCUCUGCUGCAGCGGUGGCCCAUCGGAGACAAACAGAGCCAAUGGGAUUGGAAGUUGCGGGAGUGAAAGAUUAUGAUGAUUAUAGGCGGUCUCGUUACGGAGAGAUCACUCACAAGGCUCUUCUUGUUGACGCCGUUGGCACACUCCUUGUUCCCUCUCAGCCCAUGGCUCAGGUAUAUAGAGAGAUAGGGGAGAAAUAUGGGGUAGAGUACUCUGAAGAUGAGAUAUUGAACAGAUACAGAAGGGCUUAUUCUCAGCCUUGGGGUAAAUCUCGUCUCAGAUAUGUAAAUGAUGGGAGACAAUUCUGGCAAUAUAUUGCCAGUUCCUCCACUGGUUGCUUGGAUUGUCGGUACUUUGAAGAACUAUAUAACUACUAUACUACUAACAAAGCUUGGCAUCUCUGUGAUCCCGAGGCUGAGAAAGUAUUUAUGACUCUUAGGAAAGCUGGUGUAAAAGUGGCCGUUGUAUCGAAUUUUGACACCCGAUUAAGAUCUGUCUUGAAGGCUCUGAAUUGUGACCAUUGGUUUGAUGCUGUGGCAGUUUCAGCUGAAGUUGAAGCUGAGAAGCCAAAUCCAACAAUAUUCUUGAAAGCUUGUGAGCUAUUGGGCGUAAAACCUGAGGAUGCUAUCCAUGUAGGGGAUGAUCGAAGGAACGACAUAUGGGGUGCCAGAGAUGCAGGUUGUGAUGCUUUCCUCUGGGGAAGUGAUGUUCAUUCGUUCAAAGAGGUUGCUCAAAGGAUAGGAGUGAAGAUCUAGAGGUUCAUCCACUUGGAAGAUUGUAAAAUUGUAGAGAAUGUUUUACGUGGUU